UGGGAGACGGCCUCACGGAUGCCGGGCAACGAGCUGAACGAUGAUGAUGGUGUUGAGAGAAGAAACCAGGGAUAGGGCAUCUCGAAGGUAAGCCUUGGACUUUGAGUGACAUAGUCUCUUGCCAUCUUUCCCUCAUGUUGAAGAGGCAGUAAUGAUGGUCGCCAAACAUCUAUAAGAACCCUCUUCCUGCCUCUGAUUCUACUGAACUUCAAGCAAUCGUCCACUUCAGUUGUUUAUCAAGGUCUUCUUCUCGAAUCACACUCAGAUCAGAAUCAAUCUUCCCAUACCUCCAGCAAUAUCAAACACGUUGAAAAUGCAGCUCAUAAAAACCCUCCUCACUGUCAUGGCUGCUGCCGCUGUCGUGACAGCAGCUCCGGCCUCUACGUCUGUCGAGAAAGGUCUCCAGGCUCGAGGCUGCCCGAACGGAUGGAACGUCUGUGGUACAUGCAACGGCGGAGAUUGCAAAAUAGCACUUACAAACCAUAAAUGCGACAUUGGAAAGUGCACGAAGCAAAGCGGUGGUGGUGAUGGAAAGCUCUGCGGUGCUAUUGAUGUUGAUACCCCUCUGGAGUGUCCUGGUCGUGGUUGAGGUUUCUUUUUCCUAUGCUGAUGAUUUAUGAGUGUGGUGCGAUGGAAUUUAUGUGGAGUUUCAACAACUCCUUUGAGUCUGUCAAGCUGUUUUUGAUAUAAAUGC